AUGCCAGAAUUCGAACGAUCGAACGCGCGUCCGAUUCAUCCAGACACUCAGUCUGUUCUCAACGAUCUUGAGCCUGAGCCGAGCCCUGAUAACAAUCCAUUCUUCCAUCAAAGCUCGCCCGUACCGGAUCCUGAAGAUGCCGAUUAUACAGACUAUACAGCACUGCUACAGCAAUUGCCCGUAUUCGAGCCAUACGAUCGUCGCGCGAAUACAUCAAGCCCCAUAAGUGAGUCGGGCACAAAAGAUCAGCGCAUAAGCUGGAUGACCAGUGCCGGACAGAGCCGUAAUAGUAGCACGAAGCCCGCAAUCUCUCUUAUACCUUCUGCGUUCGUCAGCAGUCUGACGAACGAUGAGUCAAGGCGGAGUGACCAGCAGCUGUUGCCAGUGCAAGAACACGGUAAAGCAUACGAAGAGGUCAGAAGGUCAAACGCCUUCGUUGCCUCUCUAGGCACUGACUUGCAGGUUACUCUGUUGCCGAAGCUGCGCACCAUCGAGUCCAGCCGCGAUGGCCUGCUAAGCGCGCAGCUAUCUGUUGAGGCGACCGAAAGGCAGCUAGCAUUAGUACGGCAGGGCUUUAGUCAGAGAGUAAAGAAAGCUAGGGACAUCUGCCGAGAUCGUGAGCCGCCGGAUGCAGCUGCAUGGACACGAGUGCAAAAGACUAUUACCAAGUUAGCCGACUCGUUACUGAAGCUUGGGACUGCCGAGAAAGUCUUGCAGUCGCAACAGCGUCGGGUCACCCUUGAACAUGGACAUCUUCGAGAUGCUGUCAACGAUUUAUAUGGAUUGAUCACUGCGGGUGCUAGGUUAGGCGACAGUGAGGCCAGUAUGGAGGACCAAUUGUUUGAGAAUCGUGCAGCUCCUUCGACAUCUCCUCCUGCACCUCCUGCUUCUGUCUUCUCCUUACCGCAUGAUCCGUACGUGUCCGCAGCUCUACGCUAUGACUCAGCGUUAAGUGAGACGAAGCCACCGUCCAAGAUCCGACAUGCUGAUACACCUUCCAUCAAGUCUUCGCGUAAUAGUGGACGGCUCGGGAACGCACAACCUGAGCAAGCAGCCUCUGGUCGAGCACGCCCUGCCAAAGAUAUAUUAGAUACUACACGAUCACGUUCGAAGCUUUUUCCGAAGCUAGCUAAAUCGCAACGACCAGAAUUGGUUUGUUGGGGUGCACAAUUCUCCUUUGAAGGACUCGACGUAGUUGCUGCUCAGGCCGAGACCUGCGACACACUACGUGCCUCCGAAAUGAUCAGAAGCAUUCGCCAGGAUGACCUUCAACCUGAGUUAUCAACACAUAUUGCUGAGAAACCUCCCAAUGAGGAGCAAGGCCCGUCUGACAGUUCCAUGCAAAUUCGGCGUGGAAUGGCUCGAAAGUUCUUAGACAUCAAUGUACCACUGUUUCAUCUCAGCGACCUCAUCUCCAUGUGGGGUUCAAGCAUGUCACAGAAUACAUGGACUGACUUGCAUUGGACAAGACGUUACAGUCAACCCCCAGCGAAAGGAAGGAAAGCUUUGGACGACGUAGUAGGAGAACAUGGUCCAAAGGAAUACGCAGCCUAUAUUCCUCUGUUGACAAGCUUCCUUAGAGGUCUUGAUCUUCAUUCUCACCCAAUUUCAUUGCCACUGAAAAGAGCAGAGUCGAUCCCAAGUCUCUGGGUGGAACCCGACGUGCACCGGUCCCAAUCACCCAGAAGCCAGUCUCUACGUGAAGAGACGGCACGCUAUUCAUCUCUGCGUGUUCCUGCAACCCCAACAACCAGUUCGCCGGAGAAAGCCCAAGACGCUGCAGCUGUGCCUGCAGCAAGAAGUUCAUCUGAAGUGACCGAGAACAGAGAUGGCAAUGCAAAGCAAGUUCAGGACAAUGUUCUCGGAACUACUGACACAGACGAGGCCAAGCCCCGGACAAACGCAGAGACCUUCACGUUGGAUAUCUGCCAGGACUGA